AAGUAUUGAUAGGUUAUCAGGAAAUUAAGAAGCCACACCGGCCUGAUCCAUGACGUUAGGAGCCACUCCUAUAAACCUUUGUAAAAUGAUAUUGUGCGAUCCCUUCAGCUUGCUGAAGAAAGCCUUAUUGAUAGCGGAACAGACUUUACCCGAUAUUGAAGGGUGUAUAAAUAUUGAGUUUGCAUUUUGGAACUUUUGUUGUGCCUUGACAGAAGGACAUGCACUGAUACAUUCAUUCUUCGUUGACACUCCUUUCACUUGGAUUUUAUUCAGCACAAUGAAAUGUAAUUGUCGUAAUUCGGAUGAAUAUUUCAUGCCACUGUGUUUUUCAUUUACCUUACAUGAUGAAGAAGACUGUUGAAUAAUAGUAUGUGUGUGAAUUUUGUCUCUCCGUUUCCCAUAACAGGAAUUUUUAUACGUUCGCUACAUAACCGGACCUCUAGAUCUGAGCUCAAUUCAAUCGACAUUUAAAAACUGAACUUCGUAUUUUCUUCACUUCUGCAACCACACCUCCUUGACCACCUUCCCCUCAUCUCUCUCAUUGAACAUCUGAUCUUCAUCUGGUCUUGUAUUUUACUGGAACACCACCUCCACUCCCCCACUGAGAGUCAUGCCAGUGAGUGUGGAACAGUGGAGGGCAGCUGUAGGGGCAAUGGCUAGGUCUGCAGCUCCCAAGCCAAGCAGUCCCAUUGGUCCCCACUGGAAGAAGUGGCUGAAGGCCAGUGAUCCUGUGGCCUACAAAGGAUGUGUGGUUUUGUUGGUGACCAUAGCACAGCUUGUCCGGUCUGGUCUGGAGCAGGCACAGGAGAAGACGGAAGAGGUGGCGAAGGAAGGCAGUGUGCAUGUCAGUCGGUCGGCUAGCAGGGGAACGACUCGGGUGCUGGCAAUGAAAUCAAGGCCCAGCGCUGUGCUGGCCACGUCAUUUGUGUCUCAACUGGUGAUCUUACUGUGUGGACACAUACUCCAACUCCACUAUCACGUGACAGAGGGUGCGGGCUACCUAGUGUCUCUGAUGUUCUCUAACAGAAAGAGACCUGGUCUGAGUGAGAUAACAUUGAUAGUGUUUGUGAAUCAGAUGCUGCUCAUGAUGGCUGGGGAUGUGGAACGAAACCCUGGCCCUGAUACGCUGGUUACAGACGACCUUGCAGCACUAACAAAAGAACUUCAUGAAGUGAGGGCAGAGUGGUAUGCUCUCGGAGUCCAGUUAAGAAUGAAAACAUCUGAUCUUGAUGCUAUUGAGACUGAAUACCCGCACAAUACCAAUAGGUGUCUUCAACAAAUGUUGUCAGUCUGGCUCUCCAGGACGGAUCCCUCUCCUCCCACCUUGCAAAAUCAUGGUUGAUGCUCUCACCUCUCCCGUUAUUAACAGGAGAGAUGUAGCACAAAGGAUCAGAGAAUUCUUCCCCAACCGGAACGCUGUUUCAAGUUCAGAUGAAGAUAAAAACAGCUCUGUGCUUUACGCUCUUGCAAAAGUAAGGUCGGAAAUGGAAUCGCUAGAAAAGGAGUUUCUAGAGCUGAAAGAUGACGUGUGUGAGUCAGUGAUGACGCAAUCUGUGGACACCUUCAAAUACAGACUGACUUCGCUCAGAGUUGGAGAGGUCGAACACCACAUGGACUAUCUGAAGGAGAUUAUUCAAAACAAGCACACUGUCAUUGAUGUCUUGGUGGAGCUUAACUGCUACUUGAAUUUUCUUAAUCAUGGGUUAUUGCAACAUAUUCUAAACAAAUUUGGAAACAAAGAAUUGCAAAGACGCAUGGACGAGUACACAAUCAAAAUCCGCCACUUCUUUAAGUGUACACAGAUUUGUGACUUCAUGGAAUGCUGGCAGAAGCAUGAAUGUCAACCUCCAGUGGAGCAUCUCCAAAAAUUCAUUGAGAUUAAGGCUCAUAAAAACUGGGAAACCUGCACGCUACAAGACUUGGAUAACCUCAAAGGAAAGCUAGCUACUAAACUCUUCCUGCCAAAUUUCCUUCUGACUCUUGAUAAAGCCAAAAAAGGAUGCUUAACAGUAACAUUCUGUGUCCCCCUUUCUCUUGUGGAUCACUUACAAACAUUUAUCAGAAAAACCGAGGCAAAGGAGUUUGUGGACAUGGAGAUAGAGACCAUUACAGUAGAUGGUGUAGUCUGCUAUGAGGCUCCACUACUGCAGUACACCUCUCUCUUGAAGCAGCUGUACACAUCCUGGAGCCCCCUCCAGCCUCUCUCUGACUCCAAACCCAAACCCCUGCUCCCAUUCCGUCUGGCCAGGAUUGAGAAACAGAGCCUCUCCCCAUCAGACAUGGACAGGUUCACUAGAGAGAGCCUGCGAGGAGACAUGGACGACGUGGUCUACAAGAAGACGACCAUGGAGUUGAGUCAGCUGGGAGUGAUGGGGGACGGCUCUCCGCCACAGGUGGUCCUGAUAGAAGGGGCUCCGGGAGUUGGCAAGACCACGUUUGCCUGGCACCAGUGCCGGCAGUGGGCAGAGGGCAAGCUGCUGCAGGCCUACUCCAUUGUGCUACUGCUGCCCCUCAGAGACGACAACGUCAGACAAAUCCGCUCCCUCUCCAGCCUCUUCCGACACAGCAGAGGACAAGUGAGAGAGGAAGUGAGCAGAAGAGUUGCAGAGAGUGGUGGUGCUGGAUGUCUGAUUUGGCUGGAGGCCUGGGACGAGUUGCCUGGUGAUCUGAGGUCAGACUCUCUCUUUACUGAACUGAUCCAAGGCAUCCAGCUACCUGCUGCCACCAUCUUCAUCACAAGCCUACCAUGGGCUGCUAGAGAUCUGCUGGAGACAGUGGGAGACAGACUCUCACAGCACAAGGAGCUACUGGCACUGGCAAAGGAGGAAGUUCAGAAUGAAAUCACAGUAAUGAUUGAUUCUCAGACAAGUUCUGAUUCAGGAUUCAACUUUUCGGAGUUCAUUGAGUCCAAUCCCAUGAUACGUGCAGCCAUGUACACCCCACUCAGUGCUGCCAUUGUAGAACAAGUAUUCAAGUCUUCCCCGCACAAUCCUCCGACCACCGUCACUGGACUCUACUCUGCCUAUGUCCUCUUGAAACUGGAACAACACCUCUCAGAGCACCCUGAGUACAGUUGCAUGAACAUAAAUGUGAGGACAUUGGCUGAUCUUCCAGAGAGAGUGCUGAGAGACUUUCAGCGACUGUGUGGCCUGGCUUAUGAAGGAGUGUCCCAACAGAUUAUAGCGUUUUCCAGUAUUCCUGAAGGAGUGUCCACCCUGGGUCUCCUGCAGACUGUCCCUCAGGUUUAUGACGAGGAAGAUGACAGGGUCUCCUACAAUUUCCUGCACUACACAGUCCAGGAGUACCUUGCAGCUCUUCACCUCUCACAUCUACAACCUCAGCAACUGAUGACUAUCAUUGACACUAAGUGUCUUAUAAUGAAAAGACUAUACGUGGCAGGUCCUUUUAUGAGGCAAAACAAUACGAAACGACAUUCCAAUUCCUGGCCGGAAUCGAUAAGC